GUUUAUAUUAAUCCUAAGCCAUCGGUGCAGGAACUCGGACGCGGCCAUGUUCCCUCCAGUCACUUGACCACAACAAACCCAAGGCGCCUCCUGCCACACAAACAUGGGGAUAUUUUCCAACUCCUCGCCCUUCGACCAGUACAUAGAACGGGCGACAAGCGAGAAAAACACAAGUGAUGACUGGGGACAGAUUAUGGACAUUUGUGACAAGGUGAAGGAAAGCAACACAGGCUCCAAAGACUGCCUCAGAUCCCUGGUGAAGCGACUCAACUCAGAGAACCCGAGGAUCGUUUUGCAGGCCAUCACACUCCUGGACGCUUGCAUCAAUAACUGUGGCCGAAAGUUCCUGCUAGAGGUCGCCAGCAGGGAGUUUGAGCAGGAGCUGAAGAAGAUCCUGACCAGCACACGCACCCACCACAAGGUGUCGGAGAGGCUGCGGGAGAGCCUGAAGAAGUGGGCGGAGGGGGAGUUCAAGGGGGAUGCGCAACUCAGCCUCAUCCCCGCCCUCUACUCCAAGCUGCGGCAGGACGGCUACGACUUCAACGUUCAGUCGGACUCGCCCAAAAAGACCGCCGUCAAGUACAGCACGGACCCCAACGUGGUGAACAGCAAGCAGGAGGAGGACGACAUCGCCCGCGCCAUCCAGCUGUCCCUGCAGGAGUCGGGCAGCAACGGCUCCUCCUCGACGCAUGCCUCCCGCUCCUCCAACCUGUACUCCCUCGCCUCGGCCGCCCUCACCAGCGACACCAGCAGCCCCAUGUCCUCCACCACUGCCGCCUCCUCCCCGCCAGCCAAGGAACCACAGAAGGCACGCGCUAUCUAUGACUUUGAGGCAGCUGAGGACAAUGAACUGACAUUUAAGGCCGGGGAAAUCGUGGUGGUGCAGGACAGCAGUGACCCCAACUGGUGGAAGGGCAACAACCACCGCGGCGAGGGACUCUUCCCCGCCAACUUCGUCACCCUCGACCUCAACGCAGACACUGAGCCUCCACGACCAGAGAGCGGGAAGAGAGUGUCCUUCUCCGAGUGCGUGGAGGUGACGGAGGUGGAGGGGGCGGGCGGGGAGCAGGCGGAGGUGACAGGCGAGGUGGAUGAGGAGAAGAUCGACAGUCUCCUCCAUGUCCUGCAUGAGGCUGACCCAACAGGGGAGAGGCCUGACCCACCCCAGCUCGCCAUUCUGGAAGAGCAAGUCAAUGCCAUGGCCCCGACCAUUGACGCUGAGCUGGAACAGAUUGACCGCAAGCACGCCCAGCUCGCACGCAUCAGCACGGACCUUGUGGAUGCUCUCGGCCUCUAUCACCAGGUGGGGUAUCACAAGACAAGACGCCUACUGAGUAAACAGACCCUCAUUAGUUCCUCUCGUCCCCAGCAGGUGUACGGCCCCCCAGGACAGUUUCCCCCCUACAUGGUCCCCGGUGCCCCUGUCGGUCCUGGCCCCUUCCCCAGCAUGCCCCCCGCCAGCACUACGGGCCCCACGCUGCCUCCGCCACAGACCCACGCCAUGCCCGUGUCCAGCCAGCCCAUGCCAGGCCCGCAGCCCCCUAUUGGCCAGCCCCCUGUGGUUUCCCAGGCACCAGAGUUUCACCCAAUGCCCCCAAAUAGUCUGGAUGCCACAGGUGCCAGCAUGAUGCCCAGCUUCGGCCACUUCCCCGGCAGCAACCACUACGGCCCUCCCCCCCCAGCCACCCAGCCCAGCGGCGUGCCCCCAGACCCCACCAACGGACCCCCGACCUCCUUCCCCGCCUACUCCCAGCCCCAGACCGUGCAGCAGCCCCUCCUAUAAGCCGCAGGAGGAGCCCUAGACCAGUUAUGUGUACGGACCUCUUGAUUUGGUGAACCUGUAACGUGCGUGAUGCCAAGAUGUGUUUGCCGAUUGGUACGCACUGCUCCGUUUAGUACUCGUAAGGGGUAGAGAGUGAUUGGGGAAACUGCGUUGAAGUAGAGAGGUUGUGUAGCGGAGUGGAAAGCGACCAUUUAUUUGUGGUUUGUCAUUAUUCAGCAUCCCAGUCUAGUAUUCUUUUUCUGAUGUGGAUAUAAAGUGGAGGUCAUGUAAGGGGAAGAGAGUGAUUGAGGAAACUGCGCUGGGUUGAAAGGAUUGUGUGGCAGAGUGGAAAGUAUUUGAUUAUUUUUGGGUUUGUCAUUAUUCAGCAUCCCAGUCUAAUAUUCUUUUUCUGAUGUGGAUAUUAAGUGGAGGUCAUGUAAAGGGGAAGAGAGUGAUUGAGGAAACUGCGCUGGGUUGAAAGGAUUGUGUGGUGGAGUGGAAAGUAUUUGAUUAUUUUUGGGUUUGUCAUUAUUCAGCAUCCCAGUCUAGUAUUCUUUUUCUGAUGUGGAUAUUAACUGGAGGUCAUGUAAAGGAAAGAGAGUGAUCGGGAAAAACUGCGCUGGGGUGAAAAGGUCAUGUGGUUUAAGGGAAGGUAUUUGAUUAUUUUGGGGUUUGUCAUUACUUUUUCUGAUGUGAAUAUAAAGUGGAGGUCAUGUAAGGGGAAGAGAGUGAUUGGGGAAACUGCGCUGGGUUGAAAGGAUUGUGUGGUGGAGUGGAAAGUAUUUGACUAUUUUGGGAUAUCCUGAUGUCUGUACUAAAUGGAAAGGAAAAGAGAAUGAGGGGAAACAGAACCGGGGUAUGGAAGGGAAGUAUUGUGAAGUCUUAAGUAUGUGGAUUUCAGAUUUCAUCAUCAUAUCACAUCUCAAGUUAAUGUUUCCCUGAUGUCAGAAUUAAUUGGACCUCAUAUCAAGGGAAGGAGAAUGAUGGAAAAACUGUUCUGAGGUAUAAAAAGGAAAUAUUGCAAAGUCUGAAGAACGUGGGUCAGUUGUCGGGUUUCAUCAUCACAUCACAUCUUAAUUUAAUGUUUUCCUGAUGUCAGUACUAAGUGGAAAGGAAAAGAGAAUGAGGGAAAACAGAACCGGGGUAUGGAAAGGAAGUAUUGUGAAAUCUUAAGUAUGUGGAUUUCAGAUUUUGUCAUCAUAUCACAUCUCAAGUUAAUGUUUCCCUGAUGUCAGAAUUAAUUGGACCUCAUAUCAAGGGAAGGAGAAUGAUGGGAUAUCUGCCCUGAUGUAUAAAAAGGAAAUAUU